AUGUCCAAGAAUAUAAAAAAAUAUAAUCACUUCCUAUGCCUUCAAAGUUCUCAUGCAAUAGUCAAGCAUUUUAUUCAGGAAUAUAAUCUCUCUUUAUUAGCUCUUUUGGAAACUAAGCUCUCUGAAACAAAACUGCAAAGUCUAGCAAAUAAAAUUACCAAAAUCUGGAAAUGGGUCUCUAAUGUACAAGAAGCUGGAAAUGGAAGAAUAUGGAUUCUCUGGGACAAUGAUAUUUUGACAAUUCAAAAUGUUAUUUUCUCAGAACAAUGUAUUACAUGCACUAUUGAAUCCAGAGAUGGAAGGUUUUUCAGUCUAUGCACUAUUGUAUAUGCCUCAAACCAUUUGGCCAGCAGGAAAAAUCUAUGGAGGGAUUUACUUACCUUAAAGCAAGGUGUUAACAGUCCAUGGUUUAUUGGUGGAGACUUCAAUGCUAUAGCAAGUUGUGAAGAGAAAAUUGGAGGUUUGCCAGUUACAGAAUCUGACACAGAGGAUUUUCAAAACUUUAUUAAUGCUGGUCAGCUGUUGCAUUUAAGAUCUACUGGCUGUUACUAUACUUGGUGUAACAAACAGGAAGCUGAUAGCAGAAUCUGGUCUAGACUGGAUAGGUGCUUAGUGAAUGAGGACUGGAUCCACUCAUACACCUCAAGUCAGGUGGAAUAUCUCAUUCCAAAUUGCUCUGACCACUCUCCAGCUUUAAUUACCAUUGAAGAUGAUAUUCCUGAGGGGAAAAGGCCAUUCAAGUUCUUCAAUAUGUGGGUGAAACACCCUGAUUUUAUCUCAACAGUUCAUUCUAUAUGGGAUCAAAGCAGUGAAGGCUACAAUAUGUUCAGAUUUCAUACUAAGCUCAAAAAGCUUAAACAUGCCCUUAAAGAGCUAAAUAAAAAUCAUUUCAUGAAUAUAAGUGAGCAAGUAUGUAGAGCAAAGGAAGAGUUAGCAGAUAUUCAAAAGCAAUUAAAUGAUGAUCUUUUCAACUCAGUUUUGAUUGCAAAGGAAAAAGAAUGCAUCAAGAAAUAUGACAGAUUAAUUGACUGUGAAUCUUCUUAUUUUAAGCAGAAAGCUAACAUUAACUGGAGCUUGCAAGGAGAUAAGGGAUCAAGAUUCUUUCUCUCUAUUGGCCUUCUUAUCUAG